CUGUGUGGUCUGUCAUCUUCGUCGAUGCCAAGAAGCGGCAUAGGGUGCUUGGGGUCAUCUUGUGGUGGGAGGACGCGAAAGGGAGUCGUCGACGGUUCUAUAUAAAAACUGUUUACCCUGGGAAGGGCAACUUCGUCGCCAAUUCCAAGGGGGCGCUGCUGGACAUGAAUUUGUUCGAGGGGUUCGGAGCGGGUGUUGUGAACACCCCAUUUUACAACAACCUCCUUCAGCAGGGCGGGUUUGUUUUGGCUCGACAGUUUUUUAACUUGUUGGAGGAGAAGGACGUCGGCCUCGACAUCCCCUGUGACGUCGGACCUGCCCAGGAGCUGCCAAUGCCCUUGCAAUUGUGCGUCGGUUGUGAAUCCAGCGGGGCUGCGUCGGAGGGGGGGGAUUUGGGUUCUGGCGCCGCUUCUCAGCUGCAUCGGGGGGAGAGCCGCGGUCAAUUUGAUGACAGCGAAAAUGAGGCAACACCGCUAAUGACGUCUUCGCCGUUGAGUCGAAGAGACCGGUCCAUGCUGUCUAUACCUGGGGCACGACAAGCAGCUCUGGUUCGAGAGGAGGUCGUUGUGGCUCCUGGAAAGGCGGCAGUCCACUCUGACGUGGAAUUGGAGACUGCCGAGGGCCAUGGGACGGAGGAUGAGACCGUGGGCGGAGAGGGAAUGCAGAGCACUCUGCAAAAGAGAAGGGGAGAUCAUCAACACGACGUUGUCGGCUCUUCGAAGAAAUAGAAGACCAAGGCCCCGAAGAGUGUGGGGGAGAAACGACAGGGGACAGGGGGGAAACAGGACCGCCAGGGUAACAAACGUCCGGUCUCGAA